ACCAAACAGCCCCUCCCAAUUUCGCAUAGCUAAGCUCUCUCUCUCUCUCUCUCUCUCUGCGAAAAUCUUCAAAUUCCAUGGAAAUUCAGUCCCCCAAGUCAAUCUCUUGAAAGCCCAAUUCCCAUUUCGUUCGAAAAAGAUCCAAGAAUCCCUCAAAAUGGAAGUUCUCAAUUUAGCAAGCCUUACACCAGUCUCAGUUCACAAACCCUCCACCUUCUCUGACAGAAGAACAGAACACAGAAAGCUUCUGUCACUCCCACCAUCUUCUCCACUCAAAUUCUCAAAACCUGCUACUUUAAGUAGCAGCUUAGCACUCCUCUCUUCUGUUUUGAGCAGAAGCGGAUCGGCUGGAGCUCUGACAUAUGAGGAAGCUCUAAAACAGUCUUUGAGCUCCUUCACACCUGGAGGUUCUGUUGAUUUUGAUUUGGGUGGUUUGAUCGACAGUUUUUUGAAGUUUGCAACCGACAAUCCGCCGAUCGUAAUUGGCAGCAUCGCUGUUUUGGCGGUUCCAUUGGUUUUAUCUCAGGUUCUGAAGAAACCAAAGUCGUAUGGAAUUGAGUCUGCGAGGAAUGCAUAUUCGAAGUUGUCGGAAGAUGGUGGUGCUCUGCUGCUUGAUAUAAGGUCGGCGAAGGACAUUCGAGGAGUAGGUAGCCCUGAUCUCCGGAGUUUGAAGAAGAAGGCGGUUUUGAUUGAGUACAGAGGUGAUGACAAGCCAGUGUUCUUGAAGAAGCUGUCUUUGAAAUUCAAGGAACCGGAGAAUACCACAAUGUUCAUUCUCGACAAGUUUGAUGGGAAUUCUGAACUCGUAGCCGAAUUGGUUACAAUCAAUGGUUUCAAAGCUACUUUUGCAAUAAAAGAUGGUGCAGAAGGGCCUCGAGGAUGGAUUAAUAGUGGGCUUCCCUGGCUGCAGCCGAAAAAAGCACCGAGUAUUGAUUUUGGGGAUUUAAAGGAUUUAAUUUCUGGCGCCCUUAUCUUUGGUGCUGAUGGUUUGUCUCUUACACUUGGGUUGGCAGCAGCUACCGGCUUAGGUUUAUUGGCAUUUACAGAGGUCGAAACAGUUCUCCAGGUCUUAGGUUCGGUUGCACUUGUUCAGUUUGCAACUAAGAAACUCCUAUUUGCGGAAGAUCGCAAGCAAACUGUGCAACAAGUUGACGAGUUCUUGACUACAAAGGUCGCUCCCGGGGAACUUCUUGAUGAGAUAAAGAUGAUUGGCAAGGCUCUUCUACCAGCGCCUUUGAAGCAAAAAGCUCUUCCACCAGCCCCUGCAGAGGCAAGCCCAAGUACAGAAGUUCCCGAGGUGAAACCUGAGGCAGCCACUAAACCUCCUCAAAUCAAUUCGAUGCCAAAAGAAGAAGUCAAAGCAGAUACAAUUUCUGGGUUGCAAAGACCACUUUCACCAUACCCAUAUUACCCGGAUUUCAAACCCCCAACAUCUCCGUCUCCUUCGCAGCCUUGAAGAACAACUCCACAUUGCACUACAUAUUGCAACAGGCAUUGGUCUGGCCAGGAAAAAUGUCGACAGACGUUCCACGAAUUACUUAAGCUUUUCAUGUUUGUAGGAAGUUGUUGUCCUUGGAAGGGAUUCUCGUAUAGAGAUAAGAUUAAGGUACCAUGAAUAAAUCCUAAUCAUGCUGUUUUGUAUAGCUGUCGAAUCUUUUUCUUUUUCUGAAUGUCAGUUGUCCACAUAAAGGUUGGAACUAGUAUAUCAGGCAUGGUGGAGUGUGUUUGUUUGUAAUUAGCUCUGUAUGGUCUAUAUAAAACAUUGGUUUUGUAUUCCUAA